AUGAAGGAAGAGGGUGAAAUAUCACUAUUCAGCUUUUUAGACUGUUUGGUUUCAAGGUGGACAACCAAAAUAAAUAGUCACAAAUUGAAUCUGAAAAGACUUAGGAGGCAACUUAGGAUUCAGUCAUUUGAUUUGGCUUUUAUAUUUCAGAAGGGGCCCCACAAAUAUUCUCAUGGAACUGUCGUUCAUCCACGGAGCAGUCUUUGUGAGAGAAUCUCCGAAAUUUUGGUAGCAGACUUAAGGAACUCUGGGAAGGACAAAAGCGCUCGGCGACUUGCUGUUUUAGUCAGCAACCUUCCUAAGAAUACGGAAUGCACUAAUAACCUGCUGUUUCUGUUCCUUGUGGCUACCUCUGCACCAGAGAGUUCAAGCGACUUUGAGGCAUAUGAGCAGUACCAGGUUCCCCUGAAUCCUAGCUCUUCAAUUUCCUACAGUAAUCCUACUGGUGCAUUGCGACAUCUCAGCGUAUUUUCUUCUGUGCAACCACGGGCUUCGUCUACUGCUUCAGCAAGUGCUUAUAAGUUCAUAUCCGGGAAUUCUGUAUUCACCAGACAGUGUGAUCAUCCUUCCCGGGGCAACUUAUGCAGUAUCACUCCUGGAAUUAUCUCAGGUUGCAUUCAAACGAGCGAUAAUCUUAGGUCUUCACAGUGUGCAACAGCUUCUUGUGAAGAAGCAAAUUUUACUCGUCCCUCGCCCAGGAUGAUAGAUGAGGAAGAUGAAGGUUAUUGCGAGUUAAGUUUUAGAGCAGAUAACCGCCUAUUGAAUUGCGAAGAUAUUGAGAAUAUUGUAUUGCGUCUUUUUUCUCAACACUCCCCAGCUAUUGGUCAACUUUUGGUCAAUGAAAUAUUUUUUCCAUCUUUCGAAACCCAUCGCAGUUGGGUUCCAGGUGAUGAAACCUUGUUAGCUAACAAGGAUCUGAAGACUAUUUUGCCGCUAAUUUCCUCAAAUUCUGUCCAACGUUUUUCUUGGGAAUGUAGAGGCCUCGGACGUUUUAACAAAGAAAUGCCUUAUUUGAGUGAAGUUGGUUCGAUUUCUGUGGAAGCUGUAUUGGCACUUAGAAAAGAAAGGUUUGGUUUCCUGUCAGGUAGUGGCGAAGACACCGAAAAAAGAGAAGAUACUUUAUCAGACGACUUGCAGUUCCAUAGCACUGCACUCAAAUCAGUUCCUACCAAGGACAACAGCUUUAUUCGUGAUCUUUUAUUGAUGAGAAUUGGCAUUCAGUCUGAAAGGUUUCAGUACUUUUCUGACUCCAGAUGGACAUCUGUUCAGAAUGAAAAUCGGACACAUCCUUCUUCUCACCCGUUAACCGGUUUCUUCAUGUGGGUACCAAACAACCAAGAUUCUGUUGUAUUGGGUGUUUCAUCUCAGUGUUUAUCAAACUUCUUGAGUAGUCACCUUAAGGCUGGAACUCAGUAUAGGAAACUGUGUUGGUUCGCUUACCACGUUAUCUCACUCAUCCCGACACCUACAACAACUGAUGGUCCUAUCUGGCGGGGACAAAUUUGGACAUGUUUUGUUCAGGGACUGAAAACUUGGUUGAGUACUUACGAAAACUCAAUUCACACUUUUCUGUCGGAGCUCUCCGGUAAUCAUAACUAUGGACUUCUUCGUACCGCAGGCGUUUUACGCCGCCUUUCAAAGCAGAUACAGUAUGUCGCAGAUCUGUGUAUGCUUAAUUACAAACAGCCAGAUGGUUCAACUUAUCCUCUACUGAAACUCUCUGGAGUAGAGUUGUUAGCUUAUUUAUUGUCGAAAGCGGAUUGUUCUAUGUGCCAUUAUUCUGAGAGAAUAGUAAGAUUUCUAUUUAAAGAGGCUGCUCAACCGCUGAUCAAAUUUCUUGAAAUGUUUGCCUUAGACGGGAUUUAUGAUGAUGUAGGUAAUGAGUUCAAUCUCAUUGUCUCGAAUGAACAUUUACUCAAACGGGAUAGCACAUUCUGGAGUAAAAGCUUCCGUUUUUCAACCUACGGUAAAAUAUUGGACAUUGAUAUUGAUGGUGAAAAUGUGUUACGCGUCCCCUUGGGUCAAUUAUUACCGAAGGGAUUCGAAGAAGAAAUCCUCUGCUGUGCGAAGUCUGUACUUUUAUUAAAAGCAUUUUGCCCCAAGCAUUUUAUAUUUCAAACUCGAUCGAGAUUCCCAACACUCUGCCUCUUAGAGACUAUCGAAGAGAUGUCUAGCUAUCACGAUGCAUUCCAAGAAUAUCAGAAAUUAUUAAAUGAUACAACUAUUAAACAUGUAGCUACAAGAGAACAAAAGGUUGCUCAAAUGAUUGCUGAACGACAGGAAUUCAUCAAGUAUGUAAAUCAGAUUCAAUCAGCGAGAUUGGCUGCUAUUGAAGCGAAGCGAGUCGAACAAUUGAAAGCUCGUCUGGCCAAACAAAAUGCUGAACUAUCUGAAUUGAAGUUAGCCGCUGAAACUGCAGCAAAACAACGUCGGGAAGCAAUUGAAGCUGAAAAGAAGGCUGAUCAAUUGUUAUUGGAAUCGAUUUCUGUAUCCAAUAAGUAUAAGGAGGUAGUGAUAAAUGAAGCCAAGGCUGAAUUAGAAUCAUUUUAUGCUAAUUUAAUUGAAGAAGUUGAUAGACGCCGAAAUAAACUGGAGCAGCACAUUGAAAAUGAUCAGAUUAUUAUCGAAACACUGGAACCGAGUGCCGCAAAAGCACUAGAGUUCAAGGCUAGUCAUAUCGCAACUACGGGAUAUGAAAUAAGUGAACAUUCGACUGACAAGAGCUCAGUUAUAGAAAUGUAUUCAAAUCAAUCUGACCAAUCUAACCAGACAGCUAUUACUUUUUCCACAGAAGAUCAACAAGUAACUGCUGACUGUUCAGCAUCUGAAUUGUAUACUAUGCAAAGUCAAGAGCAUAUACCACUGUUUAUACCGAGUAAUUUGUCAACUAGUGAUCCUCUAACUAUUCUGCGCACUAAAUUUCAUCAACGUAACAAGGGUGCAUAUAGAUUCAAAGAUCAGAUGUCAGAGUUAAUUCAUGGCUCUGGGGACACAUGUUUGAAUCCAGAAUUUAUUAAUCCCCAAGAUGUUAAUGACAACACGAAAGUUGAGGGGAACAAAUCGAAUUUUAUGAAGUCUGUGGAACUUUUCCGGCAACGUAAUAUAUUUGGUCAUUCUUCUGAUUCGACAGUCCAACACAUACUCUAUGGGAAGGGUCUCGGACCAUCCUCUAGGCCAUCAGUUUGGGAGGCAGAGCGUAUAAAAGAAGAUGCAAUCCACUCCGGCGCUGAGCCAGAUGCUGUAACCUUUUAUAAAGAAGUCCUGGAAACUAGUGAAAAUGCUUCUACAGUAAAGCCAUACACCAAGGAAUUUCCAUCACUUGGUUUUAGAUUAGAGUUUCUGUUAGGUCUUAUCAUAUUUGUUUUUUGUCUUUUUACUCAUUAUUGUAGGUCAAAUCCUCAGCAUGUUUCUUCAAUGUUCAUAAAUCGCAGUUUAUCUGAGUCAUCAAAUGAACUUAAACAAUUAUUUGAGAACACAUCUAAUGCUCUAAUGGUUCCCUUGGGUAUACUAAUCAACCGUUCAAUAAUCUGGCCAAUUAGCAUUCAUAUGAAUCAUGUCAAUAGCACUUUGUGCAAUUAUUUCAUAUUUGAUCUUCGUCUAUGCGAUCACUUUCAUUGUUUAUAUGAAACAUUCUUCUUAACUAAUGGAAGUUUUUCUCGACCACUGUUAGAUGAAUUAUUUCGCAAGGCUGCUGGUCCACUUCACGAUCGUGCCAAGAUAUAUGACACACAUUAUCUCCAACAGUUCAUGAAAUCAGUUAUUAUGGAGAUAUCAUCAAAUCAACAACUGUUAGAAUAUAAUAAUCAGGAUUGUGAUAACAAUUCUUAUAAUUUGUAUAUGAAUACUACUGUCAACUUUCCUCUUUUAAAUACAACAAAUUUGAUGAAAAAUCACUUAAAUAUCAUUUCUUCACCAGUAUCAAGACGAGUAUCCACUACUACUACUGCUACUGAUACUUCUAUUAACAAUGAAUAUGAUGCUGAAAUAGGUCAUUCCAAUAAUUCAUCUUCAAAUGAUGAUCCACAUGGUUAUGUCUCUUUUAAUCAUUUACGUUUAAUGUAUAAUUCACCAUGGCCAAUUAAUCUUUGUCUUAAUUCAAAUAUAUUAGACAAAUACAAUUGUAUAUUUCAACGUUUAAUACAAUGUCAGUUUGCUUUAUGGGCAUUGAAUUCAUGUUUUCUACAAUUGAAACAUGAUCGUGAGUAUUUAUUAUGUCAUUUAUUAACAUUAAAAACUAUAUCAUCUAAAUCAUCAUCAAAGUCUUUGACUUCAUCAUCUUUCCUACUACUUGGUAUAUCGGAUCAGUUAUGUAAAACUUUUCACUACAUACAUAUAUGGUUAUAUGAAUUGCAUCAAGUCAUUCAUAAUCUAAAUAUGUACUUCUAUAAUUAUAUUACUAUAUGCUGGAGUAAAUUUAUGAAAUAUCUAGGAUUAUCUAAUACACAGUAUAAUUUUAUGUCUGAUGACAAUCCUUCAAGGAUCGAAAAUUGGAAUAAUAGUGAACAUGUUAACAGUUUGGAUUCAUUAUGUACUGCGCAUGAGAAAUAUUUAAAUGAUAUUAUAUUUGGUUGUUUGUUAGAUCCAUCAGAUAAUGAGUUGGACCAAAUCUUGCAAGGCAUGUUGACAUGUGCACAUCAGUUUCAUCGUGCUUUAUUAACUGGGAGAUGGAUUACGAAACAAUCUCAUAAAUCCGAUGAUGAUGAACAAAUUGAACACACUGAAUGGAGACAGUUACAUUCUGUUCAUUCUAGUUUUCGGAGUUAUAGUCAAUUUCUAAGACGUCGAGUUAACCGUUUACUUACUCAUCACACUACGGUCAGUGGUGGUGAUGUCAAUAGCAUCCGUUCUAAGUUAGUACAGCUAACAUUAAUAUUCGGUUUGAAUGACUUUUACACUUCACAGGAUAAAGAAUUAAGUAAAAUUUGA